UACCGUACCGCUUGAAUCACUUCACCGAGUGUCUCUCUUUGCAAGCGUUACAAUGGGAUUGAACAUCAUGUACUUCAAAGUCACUAUCAGAGUUCAAGAAAGCAAUCAAACAGGAGAAAGUUGACAUCAAACGAGUAGAUGACGACAACACAUCUCUUCUCCACUGGUAUUGCUCAUCAGGAAGGCAAGAUAUUGUUGAAUAUCUUCUUCAAAUGGGCGUAAGAAUUACUGCAAACAAAACCAAUCACCAGACUCCAUUACAUUGCACAGUCGAUUGUAUGUGUGACAAGAUGGAGGAUAAAAAGAGAUCGAAUAUUGUAAGGUCGCUGAUUGCUGCUGGAGCAGAAGUGGAUCAACAAGAUGUGAAUGGUUGGACAGCUCUAAAGCUCGCCUGUCGUUCUGGAUUGUAUGAGUGUGCCUUCUAUUUACUUAGCAACCACGCAGAAUCUGAAAAAUGUGAUAUUGAGGGCAAUACUGCUCUGCAUGAUGCUGUUUGUCAUUCUACGACAACACGACUUCUCAUCUCCUAUGUUGAUGACGUGGAUGUUGUAAAUUAUGAACAUAAUACUCCACUCUUAUUAGCAGUGUGUAGUGGGUCUAAGGAAAGAGAACAGACUGUACAUCAUCUUGUUCAUGCUGGAGCUGAUGUGAACAAGGAGAAUGCUUCUGGUCAAUUUCCUUUGUGGUUGGCUGCUGAUCGUAAGGAUACGAGCAUCAUUCAGAUUCUUCUAGAUGGUCGAGCUGAUGUGAACAAAGCUGAGCCACGAGAGAAAACUACAGCUCUCCAUCGUGCAGUAAUCAAUAAAACAUGGACUGUGUGUGUUCUACUGGUGAGACAUGGGGCAGACAUUGAUCUUCCUGAUGCAAAAGGAAUGACAGCUCUCGACUAUGCAAAGAAAUUUCAUCCUGAAAUGGCAGAGCAAAUGAAAGCUGAAUCUGCAGAACAGAAAUCAAAGGUGAACGCUUUAGAUCACAUUUUUCUUGUUGAAGGAUUAAGUGACCCAAAAAGGCCAGGACGUCCAGUUCAUGUACCUGCACAUUCAACUGAUGAUGAUCUUACUCCUGACAACAUUCACAUAAGACCAAUUCAAGUCAUGAACAGUUCAGACAAGCCCACAUCUACAGCUCCAACUCCAAGCCAUCAAGAAGUCAUUGCCAAUGUUCCCAGACCAAGGCUAGACGAUGCUCCGCAUCAAAUGCUACAUCUGGAAGAGGCACCAGUGAGAGGCCUGCUAGCAAUUGACAAUCCUGGAAAUCUUCUUCAACCAGCUGAGGCAGCAUCUUCAUGUGGAAGAAUGCAUUCUGGGUUAGAUCAGAGUCAACUGGUCAUUCAACAGCCGAGCAAUCUGUCACAGAUUCCAGCAACACAGGCUACUUUGGCUAUGCAGUCACAUGGACAUCAACACAUGACAAGCGUGGGACAUCAAAAGGACACUGGAAGACAUCGACAGAAGCAACCAUCUCAAUCAGGUAACAGUGACAUUACACGUAAUCGAGAAAAUGUGUUGGAACAACUACCACAAGAUCAGAAAACACAAGCAGACGCAGCAUUAAAUUGUAUUACAAGUGAGGUAACGCAUGUUACUCCAGCCAUGCAGUCGCAUGAUACUAAUGAGAGCCAACAGGACAGCAAUGUCAAGGAAAAAGCAACAUACACAGAUGAACUCGUAAGGCUCAGACAGGAAAAUAGUCAAUUAUUAGCUCAAGUUGAAACAUUAAGACAAGAAGAGAGUCAAUUGAAUCAUCAAAUUGAGAACUUUAUGACUGAACGCAAACAACUGUAUUGCACAAUUGCUGACAGUCGACGUGAAGGAAAUGAAGCAAAACGAAAUCGUGAUGAAAAGAUAGCAGAGAUUGAUGAACUUUCAGAUAAGGUUAAGACUUUAACAAUUGAGAACAAACAAGUUGAAGAAGACUAUCAACAGACAAUGGAUCAAAAACAGAAAGAAAUUGAUGCUUUAAAGCAAGAGAAAAGUGACCUUCAAUGUAAAUUGGGUCAAAGACAACAAGAGAAUGAGGCUGUUUGCCAACAGUUGGUAAGGCAGGAACGAAUCGCUGCAUCUCUACAGGAAGAUAAAGAAGAUCUUCAACAACGUAACCAACAUUGUAGUAGGGCAUUAGAGCAAGCUCAGAGAAAACUUGAAUGCCAAGACAUUUGCCGGAAUAUUUCUGAAGAAGAGUUGGAAGUCACUCAGCUUCAUCUUGGUGGAGGAGCAUAUGGAGAAGUGCGAAUGGGCAGGUGGCAGGGAGUUGAUGUUGCAGUUAAAACUUUUCAUGAACAUCUUCGUUCUGAUCUGGAUGUGUUGGUGCGUGAACGCAUGAUCAAAAUAAUUCGACGCGAAGUGUCUAUAUGCGCUCAAGUUUGUCAUCCUAAUGUGGUUGCCACAUGUGGGGCUACAUUCGCACUUAACUUUCCACUUCGUCUUGUCAUGGAACUCAUGGAAGGUUCAUUGGAGAAUGUGAUCGAUGCAGCCAAUGAAGUGAAACGCUACCUCACAAUGAGAGAAAAGGUAGAUUUAGCAGCAGGUUGUGUUUGUGGGUUGAUGUAUCUGCAUGGCAUGCCUGGUACUACACUACAUGGAGACAUUCGACCGUCUAAUGUUUUGGUUACACUGACCAUGGAAGCUAAGAUUGGUGAUCUGGGUGCUGCACGUCUUGCUAGUGCUACUACUUCUACGUUGAUAUCGGUUGGUCCACUCAGUCCACAAUAUCUUGCACCAGAGCGAAAGCUUGAAUCAGUUGAAAAUCCUGUGCACAAUUCCGUAGAGGCUGAUAUUUACAGUCUUGGAGUCACUUUGCUAGAAUUGUUUACAGGACUUGGAGCAGAUCCAGUUAUACGAGAAGAACAGCUCUGUCGUCUUUCUCAUCCUCGUUUGCUUGCAGUCACUUCAAAAUUGUUACCUCAUAAUCCUCAAGAACGAGUCAAGUCAGAAGUGGCAUUGAAAAUGUUACUUUCAGCAAAGAAGGAUAGAUCAUACAAGGAGUCACCUCCCAAACGGAUGGUAAAGGGCAUUCGAAGUGGUUCACAGAAACUUGAACUUGUGGAUAAACCUUGGAUGUGAAGUUUGUCUUUGUGUGUUGAAUUGAACAGCAAACAUUAUGUUUUCUAUGUUGGUUCAAAUUUAUUAUCCAAAUAGUUAUGGAUUGGUGGGUUUGUAUUAGUGGGUUUGUAUUGGUGGGUUUGGAUGUCACGUUUUUUUUGAUUAUACCAUGGGUUUUAUGUUAGGGAGACUGAGAUGGUGGUACUUACGUCAUGUUUGCAGUUUACUGUCAGACUGUAUAAUAAUUUGUGUACUAUUUUUUACAGGUUGUGUCAAUAUUGAGACUUGAUUCUCUAACUCUAGAUCUAUAUAUACAGACACUACGCAAAGCAAUUAAAUCUACUUGGUGUGUUGCA